CAACAUUCUAUAUGAUCUUGUGCCAGUGCAAGGUGUACGCUCUAAAAAUCAAGUCUUGUGUUUCUGGAAAAAAAUAAAAAUUGAAUUAAAAAAAACCAAAUUUUUAAGGAUAAAGUGUCUCCUAAAAAGUGUGAGGAACGACGAUGGGGGGUUUUGACGGUGGGUUUUUUGAUGACGGCCCAAGCAUCAAACCUGUCGAGCCCGUCUCAACAGCGGCACUCAUUGGAGCAUGCCUCGGUACAUCGGCCGUCGUCUGUGCCGUAGUAAUGACCUGGUGGCUCUGCCGACGACGUAGAGAACAUACAAAAUUAAAUUCCGACAAGUCCCUUGCAUUUAGACCACCACAUCGGAAACCAACAGCUGUUAAGAGUCCAGGAAGUACAACUCAUUAUCUAAAGAAAAGUCCAAGUCCCACUGGCCCGUCAAAGAGUCCUCCCGGUUCAGGUGGUCAAACACCGAGUCCUCCAGGUUCUCAGCAUUCUCAAUCCAAUGGUCAUGGACCACAAGUUCAUUCACCUCAAGACUCGAGAUCACCAAUUCAAACGCCAUCUGGUGAAACGACAAUGGCCAUUGAAAAUGAAAGGGACAAGGCUGAAUUGGAGAAUAGCGAGAAGGUUGAUCGAGGAAAUGGAAAUUUCCCCGAUAUUGGAAAGGAUGGUCUUGGACAAUUGGUUUUUAAAUUACGUUAUCUCAGCGAACAAAAUGCACUUGCCGUCACUGUUGUCAAGUGCAAAGGUUUACCGGCAAGAGGUCAACAUAGUGGUAGCAGUGAUCCUUAUGUGAAACUUCAACUUCUACCGGACAAGCAACAUAGAACCAAAACACGAGUCUUGAGAAAUACCCGGGAUCCAGUUUAUGAUGAGGAUUUCACAUUCUUUGGAAUCUCAAAGAGUCAGCUCCAGAAAAUUAGUCUCCACUUUGUCAUCAUGAGCUUUGAUAGAUACUCACGAGAUGAUGUGAUUGGCGAGGUAAUUUGUCCUUUGCUAUCGGUGAGCGAUUUGGAAGAAGCGAUGAAUCGACAAAUAUCUUUGUGUCGGGAAAUUUGCCCUCGAAGUUUGAAGAUACAAUCUCAGGGCAGGGGAGAAUUAUUGGUGUCAUUGUGUUGGCAACCAGCGGCAAGUAAAUUAACAGUUGUUGUUUUGAAAGCUCGCAAUUUACCAAAAAUGGAUGUCACUGGAUUGGCUGAUCCUUAUGUGAAAAUUUAUCUUCUCUACAAUUCACAGCGCAUCGCCAAGAGAAAGACUCAUGUGAAAAAACGCACUUUGGAUCCAAUUUUCAAUGAAUCCUUUGUUUUUGAAAUACCAAAUGGCACCGAGGGACUCAGCAAGACAAGUCUUGAAUUUGCUCUUCUUGAUUGGGACCGUGUUACAAAGAAUGAGGUCAUUGGAAGAUUGGAUGUCGGUGGUCCAAAAUGUCAAGGAUCGGCUCUCAAUCAUUGGAAUGAAGUUUGUACAUCGCCAAAACGUCAAAUUGCUGAUUGGCACAAGUUGAGGGAAUAAAAAAACAAAAAAAAAAAAAAAAAGAAAUUUCACAGUUAUUCUCUAUCAGUUUCGUAAAAAAAAAAAAUCACAUCAGCGCCCAAAACAUUUCUCCAUAUCUAAAAGAAAACCCGUGAAAACAAUGGUGAUUUCAUCUCUUGGAGAGCACAGAUAAAAAAAAAAAAGGUGUCUUAUUUUAUAAACCUAUACUAUACUCGUUGUGUAAACCGAUAUUAAGGCUUCAAGAUCUGUGCAGCUUCCGAUUGUAUAAUAGAUAUUAUAUCAUAUAUAUAUACUGAAAGCUAAGGUCGAUCGAAGAAUAACAAAAAAUUAUGAAGGUUAAUAGAGAAAAGCGUCGACUUCCAAGAAAAUGCCUAACACAUUGAAAGGUUACGACGUCACAAAUAUUUCUAUAGAAAUAAAUAAGAAAAAUAUAUCCAUCUCUUGAGAUUUGAAAGGAUUCACGACCAUCAGGAAGCGCAAUCAUUUUUGAAAAAAAAAAAAUUAAAAUAAAAUUUGUCUCGAAUUUUCAUAAGUUGUUCCAUUAUUGAAGAAAAUUAUUUCGAUUAUAUGCAAUUAUUAAUUAUUUAAUUAUUAUUAUUAUUAUUAUUAUUAUUAUUAUUAUUAUUAAACUAAAAAAAUAGUUUAUUUAUAUUUUAUAUAUUCUUACUGUUAUAAAUUAUUAUUGUUUUGUUUUUAUUUUCUAUUCCUGAGAAUUUUAAUAAUAUUUAUUAAAUAAAUUAUUUUAAUUUGUAAAUAGGUAUAAUUUAUUAAUUUUCAAAUAAUAAUUUUCUUCACUGAUGAAAUAACUUCUAUUGGUGUCUUGUCAAAGGGGAGUUUCAAUGAUGAUAUUAAUAAUAAUGCGAAACUCCCUUUAAUUCCACUAGUCAUUGGAAUAAUGUUGUAAGAGAUAUUUAAAACUUUUAUCACUCGCUGUUUAAAAAAAUAAUAAUAUAUAUAUAGUAAUCAAUGUGACGCAAAAAAAAAAAAAAAAAAUUCUAAAUGCAAAUUGGAAAAAUUAUUUCCAAGAGUGUUACUUCAUUACUAUAUAUAUAAUUAAAUAAUCAGCAGAGAUUACUUUCUCCUUAGUGAGAAUCAAUUCUCUUUCCCCUGUUAGUGAAAAUAAAAUUUUAAGAUGAGACGAAUUUUCAAUUUAAGCUUAAGAUGAUAAAAAUCGUUUAUAAACAAGACGAUUAUCAAUAAUGGAGAAAUUUUUAACGGUGAAGAAUAAAAAUAAAUAUCAAUGGCCAAUAUUAUCACUAUUUUAAAAUUGUAUAAUUUUUUUUGUAUUUUUAUUAUCUCGAUUAGUUUUUUUUUAAUUUACUCAUUUAAUAAUUAAUUUGAAAAAAAUAUUUAAAAUAAAUUCAUUUAAAUAUAAAAAAAAAAUUGUCUCAUCAAAUGAGAAUUUUUUUUUAUAUUUACUUCUCAAUAUGGAAAAUAAUUUUAAAGUGAUAAAAUAUUGAAGGUGAAUAUUUCUUCUGAAUGCAAAAUUUGAGAGAUGAAAAUUUUCGAAAGGUUGAAACUUUCCUUUCUUGAAUAAUAUAUAGGCAACCAUUUCUGUAAAUAUGUAAGUGAUAUUGAAAAUUAUUUAUUUGUUAAUUUAUUUUCUAACAUAUAUAUAUAAAUAUAUAUUUAUUGACACUGUUUUCUAAUCUUAAAUAGAAAAAUAAGUUUUUUUUUAAGUCCAUUUUAUCUAUAUUUUUCACUCUUUCGAUUUUUUUUUUUUUUUUUUUUGUAAAUCUCUAGAAUACAUUUAUCGCAAGGAUCAAAAUAUUUUAAUGAGUAAAAUUUCUGAAAAGUUUUUCUAACACAAAUGAAAUAUUUGAAAAUUAUUUUAUGGAAAAAUAUGAAAAUUUUCAUUUUUUUUUUUUUUUUGUUCUCACACGAAUGUCAAUUUUCAUAGCAACGCAUCUUACGAAAUAAACACUCUUGUGUAUUUUUUAUAUAGUCAAUUGUUUGCAGUUUAUUGCAGAAAAAUGAGAUUUACGCUACCAGGAAGAAAUAAUUUUUUCUUUUAUUUAAUUUCGCAUAUAUUUGAGAAAAAAAGAAAGUUGGUAAAUAAGUGUACAGAAGCUAAAUUAAUUUAGCACUAUUUUCCAAUUUAAUUGAAAUUUAAGAACUAUAAUAAUUAUUUUUUUUUGCUUUAAGUGGUAAUUAAAUAUAAUAUUGGUAAAUAAUUAAUAUAUAUGAAGAGAAGAAUAGAUUUUCUAUUGGAGAGGGACGAGUCACUCUAGUCAUUGUAUUGGUAAGAAAAUAAAAAGUACCUUUGAGGGUAACAAAGCUGAAAGUAUAAGUCGAAUGUUUAAAUGUAAAUCAUAAAAAGACUCAAUGGAUUUUAUCGAAUAAACGAUUAAAGAAAACAAAAUACUGAAUUAUAUCAAUAGACAUAAUUAAAAGAAAAAGAAAAAAAAAAAACUUAAUGAAGUGCAAAAAAUGUAUUGUAAUCAAGAUUUACCUACUUAAUUAAUUGCUAAUAAUGAAAAAAAAAAACAAUUACAAGGUACGACUGUAACAAGUAGAAAUAAUUACUUUAGAUAAAAAUUGUGCUUCAUCUUUUUUGCUUUUACAGAGUUUGAGAUAAUAUAAUAGUAAUUAUAAAGAUUUUCAAUGAAAAAUUCUGCAAAAUAACGAAAAAAAAUCUCACUCUGCAAAAUCACAAAAUAAUUCAGCUGUAUCACUCAAUGAUUUUUGAAAUAGAAUUUUUAGGAAACAUCAAAACCAUUUAGACUAUUUUAUUUCACUGAUUUCAACUUUUUCUCAAAACAAAAGAAUAAGUGAUUUUUUGCAUAUUAUUAAAUAAUAAAAAUUCUUAAUCUGAUUGAAAAAAAAAAUCAUAAAAUUCUAUAAAGUAUAUUCUUUCAAUCUGAAUGGUUUGAUGAAUUGCUUCCUAAAAUUCUUCAACACACACAGAAAUCAAUGCGAACUGUAAAACUGUGUGAACAGAUUUUAAGGCUGUGCGGUCAAUAAAGAAUUUAAAAAUA